CUUUCGUUGGCUGCAACGAAUGGUCAUGUGGCAGUAGUAAAGCUACUACUUGAGAAAGGGGCUGACUUGGAGUCAAAAGAUAUAUUAAGCGGCCAGACACCGUUCUCAUGGGCAGCGAGUAACGGGCAUGAAGCAAUCGUGAGGCUAUUUCUUGAAAAAGAUGUGGACCUCGAAUCUAAGAAUCACGUCUCUCAGACACCACUGUCAUUGGCAGCAAGAAAUGGGCACGAGGCAGUUGUAAAGCUACUGCUUGAAAAAGGGGCCGAGUUCCAACCUCAAGACUGGGUCAGUUGGACACCGCUUUCAUGGGCGGCGAGUAACGGGCAUGAGGCAGUUGUGAGGCUUCUU